AUGGCCACAGACGGAGAGCCCACAUGUGGCUGCCAGCGAGGUCCAAACAUGGAGCAGGGCAAAUGGUACGGCGUGCGCUCGUACCUGCACCUGUUCUAUGAGGAUUGUACCAGCGCCCGUUCCGAGGGCAAUUUUGAAGACGCGGCUAAGUCUCCCACGAAGGGUGGCCGGGCCUCCAUCUUCUGGAAGGUGACGCUUUCAGUCGCGACUCUGCUGAUGCUCACCGGCUUGGCGGCUGUAGCCACUGGGUCUCUCCUGCCCUCCAAGUUGGAAGACAUCGGCGAAGCCGAGUUUGUGGUGCUGGACCAGCGAGCCGUCGAGUACAACGGUGCCCUGGGCAUCUCCCGAGCCGUCGGGGUGGCGCUGUGCGCCGUCGCUGGGGUGCUGUUGGUGGCCUCGGCGGUCUUGUCCAGGCUUGGCCGAAGGAACCGGACAGGCUGCCCAGGGGAAGAUGACAAGGAAGAGCAGCUGUCUCCCAUUUUGCCGGAGAAUGCCCGCCAUCCGUGGGGUACUAUUGUCUCAGCGGCCCCCGCCGCUUUCCAAGUCUCCUGGGUGCAGGGCGUCCAGCCAAAGAGGGAGAUGUGA